UGAUUUGUGAACUCAUUUUUAAUGUAAUGCUUGUUUGUCUUUUCAGAAACCCGCUAUGUUGAGAGCAGUGCCCCUUCAGUGUCCUGUGCGAUGUGGACAGAGCUGUCUCCUCAUCUACAGAGAAACAAACAGCUGCACGACACACUUCUACAGCGUGAAGAGGAACUGGCCCGACUCCAGGAAGAAAACCAAAAACUCCGACAGUUCUUGAACUCAUCGUUUGUAAAAGACCUGGAGGAGAAGGCCAAGAAGCUGUGUUUCGAUGGGAAGAGGAAGAGAAACUUGUCAUCCUUCACUCCACCCAUUUCCAAGCGACUCUGUCGAAAUCUCACCGCCGAGUUCUGCUCUGAAUCUGAACCAUCUGAAACCAGUCUGGAUUUAUGGGUCCUUAAAAUGUUGGGCCUAAAGGACAAAGAUACUAUAGACACAGAACCAGAACAUAAUAAUACUACCACUGAUCAGUACCUUUCACCGAUAGAAGACAAUACUACCAGCGAAAACCAAAAUACAAAUGAUAUCGGUUUUGAAAAUGUAAGUACAGAUUUCCCAACUACCAAAAAUUACAAUUCAACUCGUUAUUCCUCAAAUGGACAGUCACCAAACAGAUCUCUUACGACGGAAAAAGCCCAACCAGAAGUUAGUCAGUGGUCUUCACAUUUCCAGACGACAAUCAGUUACAGUCCGACGGAGCGACUGAACUUCUCGGCCAUUCCCUGCUCGACUCCAAAAGAGUCCGAUCAAAAUGCCGGAAAUGUCCCAAGUCCAAUAAGGUUUCCGAACAGUGGGCCGGAUCUGGCGUUUAGCAUGUCUCUGAGUCCCAACUACAGCCUCAAGACGCACAGUUUCGCACACGGUCAAGCCUUCGUGAGGAGAGACGCCCAAGGGAGAUGCAGUUUCACCUGGGUGCCUCGAGACCGACCAUAGAAAGUGAAUGGGCAGUUCGAGUGUGCGAUAUGUACUGA